AUGGGGUAUGUUCGCUCUCCUUUUCGCCCGUGGAGGGACCGUCUGAACGAGUUUCGAGGUAGUCAGGAAGGCGGGAGUUGUCGUGCAGACUUUUCCGCCGAUGCAAUGGAGACACGCCCAGGAGGAGGAUGCGAGCGAGUGGCCGACUCCGGAGCUCUUGCGGAAGAUCGCAGAGACCGAGACGACGAGGCAGAUAUGGCGGACGUGGGCGAGGAAGAUCGCGUGCCUAGUGGAGCCACCAGUGGCGACGAACCCCAUCUAUGGAGCGGCCUGCGAGGAGGAACAGGGACGGAGCUCGGCUUGUAUGCGCGGAAACGUGCCACGGUCACCGAGCGAGACAUUCAUCGCGAGUUUGAUCUCGCGCAUGCCAACAGUGGGGUGCUCGCGCGCGUCAAGAGCGAGGCCUCUUCACGUUGGCGGAACUUCUCGUGUAUGCACUUCCUGGUCUCGAUGUUCCCGAUCCUUUCUGUUCUAAAGACUUACAAACGCAGUUACCUCAACGCCGACUUCUUUUCGGGGAUUUCAGCAGGUGUGAUGGCGGUUCCGAUGGGGAUGUCGUACGCGAUGCUGGCAAACCUCCCUCCGCAAUACGGGCUCUACGUGGGUCUCUUUUACCCUCUGUUCUACAUGCUUAUGGGGACGGGGAAGCACGUGGUGGUCGGUGUCUCGGCGAUAGAAGAUCUGCUGGCGGGCGAGGCGGUGUCGCGCAUUCUCGGCGCCAAGGAAGUUCUCUCGCAGCUGGACUCGCAGAGGAAGCUCGCACUCGAUGCGAGCUUGACAGACCGUAGCCUGCAAGAGGCGCUGCUGAAAAACGUCGAACGCCAGGAGGCGCUCCUCGCACAGGCGCGCGUCGACAUUUCCAUCGGCCUCUGCGUCUGCAUCGGAAUCAUCUACCUCAUCAUGCGCGUCCUCCAGGCUGGGCUCCUCGCCGACCUCCUUUCCGUCCCCGUUCUCUCGGGUUUCUCCACUGCGAGCGCCUUCCUCAUCGGGACCUCGCAGCUCAAGCACAUGACCGGCCUCACCGUGCCGCCCGACGUGGAAAACGCGGACUUCAAAAUCAUCCGACAGUGGUGGUACUGCCUGAGCCACCUGGCGGAGUGGAACGGUGCGGCCGUCGGCAUCUGCUGCGCCUCCAUCGCCGUGCUGGCGCUGUGCAAGUUCCUGAGUCGUCGGUAUUGCAAGUGCUUUCCGCUCCCGGGGCCUCUGAUCAUUGUCGCCAUUUUCACAACGCUGACUUACCUAUGCCGCCUAGACGAGUCGCACGGACUGAAGGUCAUCGGGCGGAUUCCUGACGGCUUCCCCGCCGCCCGCCUCCCCUCCUUCUACGUGCCCGUCUUCAACUCGAACGACCUCAGUGACGAGGUGACGUAUCGCCUCGCUUUUCUCGACAUGCUCCGUGAGGCCAUUCCGUUGACGGCCAUGUUCUUCAUCAUUCACAUCUCUAUUGCAAAGACCAUCACGCAGCAGAAAAAGACCUACCAGAUCGACCCCGACCAGGAGCUGGUCGCGCUGGCCGUCUGCAACUUUCUGGGCUCCAUGUUUCAGUGCUUUCCCUGCGCGGCCUCGCUCUCGCGGACGUCCGUCGUCUCCGCGACGGGCGCCGUCACGCAGCUGCACAACCUGAGCAACGUUUUCGUCAUCGUCCUCACGCUCUCGCUCAUCACGCCUCUCCUCCACUUCUUGCCGAACGCAGUGCUUGCCGCCGUCGUCCUCUUCGGCGUCUACGGGAUGAUGGAUUUCCGCGAAUUCUUCCGGCUCUGCAGGAUCGGCGGUCUGGACGUUCUUCUGUGGCUCGUCUGCUUCUUCAUCACGGUCAUUUUCGGCGCGAUGGAGGGCAUUCUCGCCUCGAUCGUCCUGUCGCUCCUCUGGCUCCUCCGGAAGACUGCGCGGCCGCAGUGCAGCGUCCUCGGGCGCCUACCGCAGACCUACAUCUACAGAAACGUCGCGCGCUUCCCGAUGGCUAAGGAAGAACCAGGCAUCAAGAUAGUCCGCUUUGACGCCUCGCUGAACUUCAGCAACAGCGACUACUUUGACGCUCGCGUGCGGCAGAAGCUCGAGGCCUCUACGCGCUACCUGAUCGUCGACGGCUCGUCGAUAAACGACCUCGACGUGACGUCGAUCCGCAUGCUCCAGCGCCUCUGUGCGUAUCUGAAGCAGAACGGCGUCACGAUGCUCUUCGCGAACUGGAAAGGGCCGAUGCGCGACUUCCUCCAGCGCGCGCAGUUCUACGAGACUCUGCUCCCCGAAAACUGUUUCCUCUCGCUCCACGACGCGGUCUUCUGGGCGAAACAAAAACUCGCCGCUCAAAAAAAGGUGGGCGUUUGCAAAAGGAAGGGGGGCGAAGGCGGUGAAAUGGCGUCGACGGCGCGCCACGCCACCGCGCCUCUCGAGCCCUUUUACUGGCUCAGCGAGCAGGGAAAAGCUUCGCCGCCUCCCGCUGCCGCAGCAGACAUCGAGAACGCCAGGAGCUUGAGCUGUCUGCCUACUUCGGAGGGCUUCUUGCCCUCGGACCACGCGUCAGUGGGAGAUGCUGCCUCCUCUCCCGUGGUGAUCGUCGACACAGAUGGACUUGAGAAGAGCAAGCGCGCGCGGCCGGCGCUUGGAAUCGGCGAAGUGGAUGGCAGCUCCGCGUCGCGCUCGGGACUUUCCCGCAAGAGAAGCAAGUAUCUGCCGCUCCCCCGUGGAGCGCUCACGGGAGCGCGGAGAAACUCUGCGCCGCAGAGGCCAGCGGCGCUGACCAAGGUGUCUCCGGGGGUGGAGCCCAAUGCGGUCGCACGCGGCGCCGGAGGGACAGAGCGCACAAAGGAGCCCUUGCUUUCGCCGGCGGACAGCGAGCCGCGCAGGGCGCGAGCCGGGACAGAAGCAGUGUCUACGACAGAGGAAAUGCUGAGUCAAAGAAUGAAGGAAUGCGGAGUUCUCGAAAGGGAGGACGCGUCUGCUGGCUUCCGUGGAGCCGGUUCCUCCCUUGUUUCUGUGUCCUUGCCCGCCAGGACAGCGCGUGGGGCCGAUCCGAUUGCGCACGUGGUGGCGGCGCAGCGGCGGCUGAGUUCUGCCGCGAGCACGGCCAGAGCGACAGAAGCUGGGGAAGACGAGGAUUUUUCCGCCUUCGUUCGGCCAUCUCAUGCUUUCGGGGCUCGCGGCGCGGCUCACCCGCGAGGCGACGAUGCAGGCGGCGUCUCCGCGCAGAGAGCGGAGUGGGGCUGGGACGGCUUGAGCGCAUGCAGUCCAGGCAUGAUUCGCCUCGUGACGGAGGUGACCGGCAGCGGGUCACACGUGAACUGGGGAGUUCUGCGGACAGGCGGCGACUCGCUCCCAGCCUCGUUCUCCUCUGAUUGCAUCUGCGAGCCUGAAACCGCCGUGGUUCAGCUGCCGAACGCCGACGCGCGAGGCACAGAUGCGUAG